AUGGCCGCCACCCACACCGCUGCAACACUCUCCUUCGUUCUCGCGACCAGGACGCACUCCCACCUACAACACACCCUCCACCACCCGCGCUCGUGCCCCGUUCUCGCGUGCGUCCCACCCGCGUGGCAGCUCAGGCCUUACCCUUCCCCCUCCUCUGCCGCCGCAACCGCCGCACAUCGCACACCCGGUCCUAUUUCGCGAUCGUGCGCCGCCGCUAUCACGUCCGGCCGCGCCCGCGUCCCACCCGCGUGGCAACCCAGCCCCCCUCGCUGGCUCUUCUGUCUCACGGACUCGCCCACCAUGCCGCCCAUGAGUAUGAGACAUCGCAACACGUUGGACCAGAUUAUGCGGGGUACGCACAAGCCAACGGAGGUCUCAGUAGUUUGUGAGGCCAUUGAGAUAGGUCUUGGAGGUCGCAUCAAGGUGAAGUCGAACAAGGGCGGGAGCCUGACCUUCCCCGAUGGCAGGUGUAGGUUCCUACAUCGGACGGACGUGGCGUGGGGCUGGCACCCGAAACAUGGGACUGAGGGGAAAGGAAAGACGGGCAAGAAGCAGCCGGGUAACGGGAAGAUGUUCAAAAAGGACCUAGUGGCCGCGUUGGGGCGCAAACUCGUCCGCGCCCUUGAGCUGGACGACGUCCAAGACGGGUUCAACGUCCGGAAGUGGAACCGAAUCUGCGCUCGCGACUGGCAGCGCCCUUCGUAG